AUGCAGAGGACAACUUCACUUAUAUUCCUUGUUCUUAUCAUGUUUACCUCAGUUGUAAAUCAGAGUAGAGCUUCAAUAUGCUAUGAGACUCUAGGAAUUUGUGAUUUAAACUGUAGCCAGCGAUGCCAGGCCAAAUAUGGACCAUCAGUUCAUGUCCAAUGUACGAAUGGGCAGUGCACAUGCUUCUACCAGUGUGGACCACCGCCUAAAGUGUGCUAUGGUGGGGCUGGUUUCUGCUCUGACGAUUGUAAUGGGGACUGCUGUAAUAUGAAUUGUGCAAACAAGUAUCUUGCUGGACAUGGAUCUUGUCUCACGCUUGUGAUCAACAAAAAUUCUCACAUCCAACAGAAGCUGAACGCAUCCAAUUAA